AUGAGCUAUGAGGAUGUGCAGCAUCGCCGUGAGAAUGAUCGGGAGAAGAUCAACCAGUGGCAGCAUGCGAUCGACGAUGCACAAAGUGAACUGGAAAUGCUUCGUGCUCGUUGGCGCCAGCUGACCGAUGAAGAGAAACGUUUGAACGGGGACAAUGCUCGCAUCUGGGAAGAACUCCAGAAAGCUCGUAAUGAUCUGGAUGAAGAAACCCUGGGACGCAUCGAUUUCCAAAAUCAAGUCCAGACGCUAAUGGAGGAACUGGAAUUCCUGAGACGUGUACAUGAGCAGGAGGUGAAAGAGCUCCAGGCUUUGCUGGCUCAAGCUCCAGCUGAUACACGCGAA